AUGUCUUCAGCCAAGGACAGCUCAGGAGCUCUCGACCCUAGUUUCAUACAAGAAUUUGUUUCAAGCACAAUAAUUGCACAGUAUUGGCAGUUUGCAAUUGUGGCCCUUUUAGUGUAUGAUUCUGUUAUUACAAUGGACAGAGAGAACCAGAAUCGAUAUACUGGUAUUUUCGGAGCAAUUUUAUCAAUAUUUUUCACUGAAUGGAACAUGUCUCCGGAAAUAUGCAAGUUCUCCGUGUGGUCCACCAAUGUCUCCAGUGGGUAUAUUAACAAUCAAGCCACUCUCUACACUGACAAGCCUCCUAGACUGGAUCACUAUAUUGUCGAUUGA